UCAUAAAUGUAAAGAAUAAUAAUAAAUGACGUCUUCAUGUAAAACUCUCGAUUUAAAGUCCUGAGGUCCGCUCUGUUAUGAUGAUGGCGGUGAGGAUGAUGAUACCGCCUGGAGGAACCUGGAGCACGCGUCACCAUGGAAGCGCUCGGUUUGCGACAUGUAUUCGCCAUUUUGCCUCGGUGUGUGUAUGUGUGUGAGCCUCUCUCGCGGAGAACACCUCCGUAGCUUCCAAACAUCGGACUCCUCGGACGCCAGCUGAAAGAAGAAAUGUCUGCACUUGCGGACGGAACCGUGGCUGCGGCGGAAUGAGCCGGAGGUCUGGACGACGCGACGGGAGAUAGUUUCGGCCGGGGUUGUCGAAGAGGGACCGGGGAGAACGCAAGCUUGAUGUUGAGGACUGCAGUUUCUCCAUCUCCAGCCCAGCAGGAUGAGGGCACAGCCUAAAGGGGAGGAACGCUGUCCUCCUCAUGGGAUUUCGGUGGCAGUCUUUGAUUCUCAGAUCUGAUCACAUCCCCACAAAUACCGAUAAUGAUACCUGGAUUGAUCUCCAAGGAGUUACAUGAACAGCUUCUGGACCUGAGAAAUUACCAGAAUCGCACGAAUGGUGUGGAAGAACUGAAACAAAUCCUCUCAGAAGUGGACAUUAAUUCAAUUCCACCCAGUAAUAUUGAGGAGUUCAUCAAUUUUCUUCCUCGGCUUCUGGAUGACAGUAAUUUUAAGGUGCUGCACGGCACCUUGCAAGUUUUAAACUUACUAAUCCAGAAGCUGAAUACCGGUGUAGAUAGAUAUUUUAAACAUAUAGUUUUAGUUGCCCUGAAAGCUUUAGGGGAUACUCUGGCCGUCACCAAGAACGAAUACCUUAAUGUGUUUCAGCAGCUGAUGAAAACGGUUCCACCGCAGCAAGUAUUAGAUCUAGUGAUCGGCAACUUGAAACACAAGAAUUCCAGAGUUCGCGAAGAUGUUCUUAACAUCAUUAUGGCAGCUAUGCUCACUCAUCCUCGGAAAAACUUCAAUAUCCCCAAGCUCUGUUUUGAGGUUGCACCGUACUUGGUGGACAGCAAAAGGAAGGUCCGCCACGCGGCCCUCGAGUUGUUUGCGGUCUUUGACCACUGCCUUGACACGGGGAAAAAACAGCCUCUGAUGAAAGCCGUGGACAUGGUGGAGCUGAACGAGGACGCGGACGGUCUGAUGGCAGCUGUGCAAGCAAGAAGAGCCAGGCACGUACUUCCAAAAGUGUCCUCGGAGGGCGCUGUGGAGUACGGCUUAGUUGUGCCCAAGCCUGGACAGUGGUCCUCCGGUGGGGACAGCUGCGGGGCCGAUCUGGACUGGGUCAUGAAUGGAGGGCGAGUCAGCAGCGCCAAGAGCUACAGGACGGAGCCAGACUGUGAGCGGCUAUGUGGCUACGGCAGCCUAGGCUCCCUCACUGAGGACCUCCCACUUCAACGGAGGAUUGUGAGUGCAGGGAAAGGGAAGAACAAACUACCCUGGGAGAUGUCCAGCUUCUCGUCCACUGAGAACGAGCAGCAGCAGUCCAGUACGACUAAUGGAAAGGGUUCUGACCAGGCGAGACGUGAGGAUGUCCUGCUUCUGUCCAGGAAGUCGGAGGCCUACAUACCCAGUUUCAGUUCUGGAGAGCCACAGAGGCCCCAGAGCUCCAGAAGGAGAGAAUCUCCUACACAUCUCAGAAGAAGUGGAAGCCUCAACUUAGACACAGACAUCUUUAAAUCCACUCAUUUCUCUGAACCCAGCAUCGUGACACCAAAAGGACGUGUGCUGUCCGGGAAUCCCAGCGUUGAGCGAACGUUUUCCCUCCCUUCAAGCUCCACUGCACCCGGCUCCUUCCUUCUGCCCUCAUACCCACUGGCUGCACACACAGGGGGCAAGCUUACUCCCACGUUGUCCCGCCAUCAUGUGGACUCCUCCCUCUCCAUGUCCAACACCUGGCCCAACAUCAGGGAGAGCAGCCCUCAGCAACGAGAAGCCGGGCCGUGGAUAGAGACAGCAGGCGCUGCAAAGGGUGGAUUAUCCAGCAGGCAGUCUCCCAGGCCCCUGCGUGCAUCCCUUGUGAGUUCCUCCUCCACCUCAUCGUUCCGACGAGCUCUGAGCAACACGAGAGCCACAUUCACCAUCUCACCUGUGGUCCCACAAGCAGAACCGGCCCAUUCUAGUAACGGCCAUGUAUCUAAUACCUCAAGCAGUCCUCAGAGCCAUCAAGACCAUGACAGCAUCAGUGCCUGGCAGGAUCCACAGGGGGACGAUCCUCUGGACAUGCAAGAGAUGCUGAAUUCCCUGCGCUCGUUGCGUAACAGCGCUGCCAAGAAGCGGGCCAAAGCGAGCCAUAGCAGUCCAGACCCAGACAGUCCUGACUCAGCCGUGAGGCUUGACCUGGGUUUGGACUCCCCGAUACACACCUCUCCUGUGCUUACCAGCUCAGCCAGUGAAAGUAAACUCUCUAGUUUGACCUCCGCUGCCAACUCCAGCUUCAAUGGCAUCAAAACCAGCGUGGAGCUCAUGUUCUUACCUGUCACACCUGUCACCAGCCCCAGAAGCUCUUCCUCUUCUGUAAUGAAACCCCGCAUUGCAAGAGUGCCUUCUGCUAAACUGAGGACUUCUGCAUCCAUGGACUUCAACAACCUUCUAGUGACAUCCCAAAGAAAUGCACUGUCUUCUGAGGUGGGGGUCGUUGGGCAAAGAGUCCUUUAUUCCAAUGGAACAAUCAGAACUGAGGAAGAGACAACACUUCCGUCUCCUCCACUGGUCAAACCUGCUUCCCACGAAUCAGUCAGAGUUGUGAAGCUUGCAAAAGGCUCUCAGGGUCACAGCAGCAGCAGCAGGAAUUCACCAGGCACCGACAUGCCUGAGGCAGUGGUUGGAAGAGGCGUGUUUGGCACUGGAGUGUCCUCCGGCCACCCAGGAGUCGCCUUGACACUUGAUCGGGGUGAAACGCCAGCCAAACCCCCCGGUGACCCUCCAGCAGGCCUCUACAGCAGCAGUCGCCUCGACAGCGACGACAGCCCGUAUCCUGAGGAGACUAAAGAAAAAGGGAAAGGUGUGAGGUUGGGCCGCAAUAAAACAAGGUUACAGCGUCUGGAUCAACUGGAGGAUCUGUUAUGUCUGGGAGACCAAUCAAGAGACAAACUACGGCACCGCGUCAGACAAAUGCUGUCCGACUCACCUGUGGAGGAAAACAGAGAGCUGCUCAUCAAAGGCACGAGGACCUCUCUGACACUCUAUUUAAAAAAAUGCUCAACGCAUGCUGAUCUACAGCUGAAUGGCAGCACGCUGACAUCCACCAAAACAGAACCUCCCUCCGACGAGUCCCCCAUCAGUCCCACCAGUCCGCCAGCACUCCACAGUCCAUCAAAGUGCUUCACUCCGCCCCACCAGCCGAGCCCCCCAACAGCACCCCCCAAUCCAAAAAAUGCUUCCCGUCUCCGCCGGGCACCCAGCCUCAGCAGGGCCCGACCCUCCCUUUCCCACAGUUCAGACGAGCUGUCUCAUGGUACCAUGAGCCUCAAGAAAAAUCUCUCGGAGCCUCAAGAGCUGUGCCCGUUUUCAAAGCCUGACCUGGCGCUCACACAGAGUUUCAACCUCCUGAACUCCGAAGACUGGGAGAAAAAAAUCGAGGGUCUGAUGUUCCUGCGCUCUCUGGCCCACUACCACUCAGACACACUCCAGGGCAGACUGCACGAUGUUUGUCUGUCUCUGACUCAGGAGGUGAAGAACUUGCGCUCCGGCGUGUCGCGGGUUGCAGUGUGUACCCUCGCCGACCUGUACACACACCUGCAGAGGGCAAUGGACCAGGAGCUGGAGGGCACGGCGAAAGCCCUGCUGCAGAAGGCCGGGGAGUGUAACGCCUUCAUCCGGCAGGACGUGGAUGCAGCGCUGGGCUGCAUGGUGCAGAGCUGCACCCCCACCCGCAGCAUCGCCGCUCUCCUCACCGGAGGACUCAGGUUGGGAUCCACACAGAGCAAAACGCUGUUUCCCCCCCGACGCGGGCCGUUCCCAGCACUCGGCUCUUUUACAUGCUGGAUUGUUUUCUCCUCUGCUCAUAGCCAUCUUAAUCCAGUGGUGCGGAAAUGCACCGCUCAGCAUCUGGCUGAUCUCGUAGAGAAGGUCGGAGCUGCCCGCCUCCUCUCAGGGGGGAAAGAUCUCACCGACAGAAUCUUACCUGCCGUCACCAAACUCGCACAGGACUCCUCACAGGAAGCCAGAUACUUUGGGCGGCGCAUGCUGCUGUGUCUCUCAUCCCACCCGGACUUUGACAAGAUCCUGGAGAAAUAUGUCCCCACCAAGGAGCUGCCCACCGUCAGGGACACGGUCUUCACUCUCAAGACGAAAGGUAUUGGUGAGAUGCCCCAAGACUCUCAGUCCGCCAGGGGGAGGCGCUCCCUUCCAGGCAGCAGCACGGUGCGAGCGUCAUCUCUCAACAGAGAGCCACUAAACCAGACCAACAGGGAGUCCAACAUCCCACACAGCAAUAGAUCCCAGACACAGAGCAUUGCAGACAAAACUGAGUACAUCAAGCAGAUCUCAGGUCUGCUGGGUUCAAAAGACUUCAGAGAGAGGAUCAAGGGCAUCGACCAGCUCGUGGCUGACUGUCAACACAACCCCAACAUGGUCGUCAACAGCAUAUUCCCAGUGUUUGAUGCCUUCAAAGCCAGACUGCAGGAGUCCAACAGUAAAGUCAACCUUUACGCUCUGGAGUCUCUGCAGAAAAUCAUCCACUUGAUGAAGGACAACCUGUCCCAAGUGGUGAACAUCCUCGUCCCGGCGAUCGUUGACAAUCACCUCAACUCCAAAAACAACGCCAUCCACUCUGCUGCCAUGGCGGCUAUCAACGCCCUCACCUCCAAUCUGGGUGAUCACUUUGAUCGCGUUGAAUACAACAUGCUUCUUCUUCAGCCGUUCUGCACCAAGGCUCAGUUCAUCAGCGGUAAAGCGAAGGUGGACCUCACUGAGAAGGUUGCAGACCUGGUGACGGAGCUCUACCCUCGCAAGCCGCAGGCGGUGGAGCAGAAGGUGCUGCCCCUGCUGUGGCACCUGCUGGGCACCUCCACCCACAGCGGCACCGUUCACGGGAGGGCCGGCAGCGUGAGGGCGGCCACGGCCAGCCUGUGCCACGCCCUCCACGCCCAGAUGGGGCAGAGCCUGAGCGAGUGCGCCGCCUCCCAGUCAGCCAGCGUCCAUAAAAGCUUAAACGAGGUCCUGAGGACCCCCCCUUAAGGUACCGCAGAGCCCAAACACAGCGGAGGGGGCAGCAGAACAUUACCACUGACCUUACUUGAAGACAGAGAUGUUCUACAUUUCUUAUAGUGCCUGCACUUUUUAUAUCGAUUACAAAAAGGUCCUUUUGAAUUAGGAAGGUUUUAUCUCAGUGAGACUUCUGCUGCUACAGAAGCUCCCGAAGGCAUCAGGUCCAACGCUCACGCAACCUGCUCUCUUUGCACUUUGAAAAGUAGCUCAUCGUCGUGGCUUUUUUCCUCCAUAAUGUCUGUUGACAGAUCAGAGACACUAUUGCAGAAUGUAAAACUGAAAUGCACAAAAAGUAAAGGAAGAAGACAGGGACCCCAAAAGUGUAUAUUUUUCUGCCGUUUCUUCGGAUGUGAUGUGACAUUUUCUAAAUGUCUUAUGUAGUUGAACAUUUGUGACAUGAGAUUAUAAGAAUAGUACAAAGGACUUUUGUACAGCUCUAACGUGUAUUUGCACAGUAUUAGCUUAAUCUGUGUGUAUGCUGUAUGAUGCUACAGUUGUUAUUGAUCUAUUGUGUAACGGUUUAACAGUUAUAUUAAUGAUGUGCUGAGCUGGCACUGUCUGUCCUUUUUUUGCAUGACCAAAAUUUCCUGGCAGAGUCAAAGGUGUUUGGCAUUUUUGCUAGAGACGCAUGUGUGUAUGUGUGUGCGUGUGUGUGUGUG